AAGAAGCGAUUAAAAUGGGAAAUAGUUUGGAUUAGGUAGUGAGGUAAUAUUAAAAUGAUUUUAAGAAAAUCAAAGAUAAAAACAAAUCCAACGGCCAAGAGAAGAGACGGAGUCAAAAACUUCGUUUCUAUAUUCCAAUCCUCUAAGCUCGAUCAAGUCAAAAUGGAAGCCGAUUUUCCUCCCGCGAAUACUUGGUUUUGAGUCGAGAAUCUGAGCUCUCCGCCAAACACGCCCCAAAUACAUAUCUAUACUAUAUCUAUAUAUAUACAGAGGCGAAACAAAAUCCAAUUCUCUCCACCACCACCACCACUAUAUGUGGCGAUCACAAUUCCGAUGGCGGUAGCGGUGGUAAACCACAUGACUCUCCCCAACCCAAAACCCUCUCUCAGAGUCUGCUUCUCCUACGCGGCCUACGCCAAGAACGUCGUAAGCUACCUCCACUCCUCCAAUAUCCCCGUCGACGCCGGCCUCUCCGACUCCGAGUUCGCCGCCGUGGAGUCCGCCUUCAAUUUCUCCUUCCCGCCGGACCUCCGCUCCAUCCUCCAGGAGGGCCUCCCCGUGGGCCCCGGCUUCCCCAACUGGCGUUCCUCCUCCAAUCAGCAGCUCGACAUUCUCACCAAUCUUCCCAUCCUCGGAAUCUGCAAGGAGGUUUCUAGAAACGCCUUCUGGCUCGAUUCUUGGGGCCACAGGCCGCCCGACGCCGACGCCGAUCGCGCCGCCUUAUUGGCCAGAGCCUUCUUGAAAAACGCGCCCCCUCUCGUCCCCAUUUACCGCAACUUCUACAUUCCGUCAUCGCCCUGCGCCGCCGGCAAUCCGGUUUUUUACGUGCAUGGCGCCGACGUCAGGGUGUGGAGCUUCGACAUCGCCGGAUUCUUCCAGCGGGUGGAGUUCGGAAGUCCGAGGAGGACGUUUUUCCCAUCGCCGGCGUGGGCGGCCACGGAGGCCAGGAGGAUAGAGUUUUGGUCGGAGCUGGCGGAAAAGAGGGGGGAGGGCACGGCGGCGCGCGGGUGGUGGAGCGGGGCGCUGGGCGGGUGCUUGGAGGAGGUGUGCUGGAGGCUGAGGGAUGGCGGGUGGAAGGAGGAGGAUGUCAGGGAAAUGAUGAGCGGCGACGCCUGUGAUGGGCGGCCGCUCGAUGUGUCGAUGUCGGAGAGAAUGCUGCGUGCGGGCUGGAGCACGGAGGAUGUGGUGGACCUGCUCGGAUUUCCACUCAACGGUGUGGAUGAUGGAGACUAUUGCUUUGAUUUCCGUCGUAGACAAAGUUGUGAUGAUAAAAAGCAUGCUACUAUUAGCCUUACAUUCUGAUUUUCUUCUCCUUAUUUUUCUGUUUUUUUUCCUUAUCAUCUGACGAUAUAUUGAUUUUUUCCCCUUUUUUCA